CUCGGCAGUAACUCGCCGCCACCGCUCCUUCGACGACCACCAUUCACCUACGCCGAAAGUCCGAAAACGCGCGCGGCAGGCGCACACGAGCGAGCGGCGAGGCAUGUUGGCACGCAGCAGGUGCCGCGUUGUUGCGUGCGAUGGAAGUGCAUAGGUGAGAUUGCGCACCGACCGAACGAUUGUCGUGCUGUGGUCAGCAACAGCGCCGCGAGAACGCGAAACUGGACCGAGAGUGCGGCUCGACUGCCAUUAUCGCGGAAAGCCCUUCCUCAAAAGACACAAAAACAACAAUUUGUGACAUUUGUGAAUGUUUAUAUGUGGAUGCUACAAAGUGUUAAUAAAUGUGUAGUGUAAUUCAAAAGCAAGCAUCAAUUUUUUGUUGUUUUGUUUUGAGAAUUGAUUGAUAGAAAGAGGCUGUGAUUAUGACGAUCACCUAUACCGGUGAGGUGUGCAACGGAAGCUCGUUCGGAUGCUUCUGGACCGUGUUGAGGAAAUGGAGAGGCAGUGUAUACAAAUUAGUCUGGCGAGAACUCCUAGCCUAUUUAUUCCUAUAUUAUUUAAUUAAUUUAUUGUAUAGAUUUGGAUUAAAUGAUGAACAGCAAAGAGUGUUCGAAAGGAUACGGCUGUAUUUCAGUCAGCAGAGCGAAACGAUACCCAUGUCCUUCGUGAUGGGUUUCUACGUGUCCUUGGUGGUUAAAAGAUGGUGGGAACAGUAUAGAUUAUUGCCUUGGCCGGACACGCUGGCUUUGUUCCUGAAUGCGGGUAUUCCUGGCGCCGAUGAACGUCAAAGACUGAUGCGUAGAAACAUCGUUCGUUACGCAGUCCUCGCCUACGUCAUCACCCUGCAGCGAGUGUCCUUGAGAGUGAAGAAACGUUUCCCAUCGUGGCAGCACGUCGUAGAUUCAGGUCUGAUGCUGGAAAGCGAGCGUAAAAUAUUUGAGCUCAUGGACGGCAAGACGCCAAUGUCGAAAUACUGGAUGCCCUUAGUCUGGGCGACGAAUAUUAUAAAUCGCGCCCGCAAAGAAGGCAUGAUUACCAGUGACCACAUCGUUCAAACUCUUCUGACUGAAUUAUCGGACAUCAGGAGGAGAUUGGGUGCGCUCAUUGGCUACGACACUGUUUGUGUGCCACUGGUUUACACACAGGUUGUUACGCUGGCUUUGUACACUUACUUCAUUGCUGCGUUACUGGGUCGACAAUUUGUACCCAAUGCCACUGAACCUGUUGGAAAAUUCGAAGCGCCCGACAUGUUCUUCCCAUUUUUCACAGCUUUACAGUUCUGUUUUUACUUGGGCUGGUUGAAAGUCGCCGAGGUGUUGAUCAAUCCGUUCGGCGAAGACGACGAUGACAUCGAACUGAACUGGCUCAUUGACAGACACAUCAAGGCCAGUUACAUGAUCGUUGACGAAAUGCACGAGGAGCACCCUGAGUUGCUCAAGGAUCAAUAUUGGGACGAUGUGGUGCCAAAGGACCUUCCAUAUACUGUCGCUUCCGAGCACUACAGACGCGAAGAACCAAAAGGAUCCGCUGAAAAAUACAAAGUGAAAACCACUGAUGCAAUGUAUGCCAACCUGAUAUCACCCAGGAAGACUUUAGUUGAUGAUAAUUAUGCCGAUUAUGAAAGCGUGGAUACUCCAAUCGUGCAAAGAAGAAAAAGUUCCAAUUGGUUUACACGUCAAAUUUCCCGAACCAGAAUGGGUUCUGGCCGCUCCGCAUCAACUGCUUAUAGUUCAGGCGGUUUGUUUUCAAGACACAGGGGUAAUUCUGUUGAUGCUGAAACAGCUGGUAUUCCACAACCUAAAAUGUCGAUUUAUGAUCGUCUCGUUGGAAGAAAAUCGGGCAGGAAUCAAAGACACACAAAACAAAGUAAUGGUCGUCUUUCGAUUGGAGGUGCCCAAAACCCACUAAAAUCACGACCAAGAAUCCCAACUCCAGACGUUACGAAAGAAGUCGUCGAUCGUGAAAAUCGCCUCGCAUUGCAUGCUGUAAAUCUACAAAACCCAAUGUCUGGUGUGACUUUGAUGCAACACCAUGGAAUACAAAACGCAUCGUAUCCUAACUAUCCUUCUUCAGACAUGCCUGUAGUUCAAGUCGUCCUUUCACCUAUUCAGGAAUUGGACGGAACAAGCAGUGUGAAUAACACUUUACAUGCAAAUCAACCAGGAACAGCUGCUCUGGCGCAAGCUAUCCUUUCACCUGGUGUUGGUCCUGUCCUCACCACACCAGUCAGUCUUCCAAUGACUGUCUCACAACUUACUUCCUUAGGUUUGGCCCCAGUCACGAAUUCCCCACUGGUAACAAGAACGAUGCCUGUACGGGCGUCGCCAACAUUCGCAAAAUUAUUCAAUGACUCACCGAAAAGCAGUGGUAGCACUGCCGCGACCAUCACAGAGCAUCAAAGUGACGAUGACCUGGAUGAAUGUAACAGUAACGGAUCCAAAGGGUCGGGAAGUCAUGUAUCAAACACGACUGCAUCGAUUAAGUCAAAAUCUGACGGAGAAACCGAACGAAAAAUUUCAAUGAAUACGCCAACAAGUUUGGCAAGUCCCAAUCUUGAGUCGUUGAAUUCAGAAGGCGGUGAAACUAGCAGGAAAACCUCGGUUGCCUCGCAGAGUAAUAACAGUUCAUCGCCAAAACGUGAAGUUUAUGUGUGAAUCAUGAUGGUGCAAAUAUUGAAUUAAGAUGAAAGUAAAAUCAAAAAUAUAUUUGCCAAACGGCUAUGUUGACCAAGACGAACCAAUCGACGGAUUGGGUUUUUUGACUUGAAUCAACAACAAAUUACAAAGGAAAACAAUGAAGAUUUAUAUUUAUAGUUAAAUGUAUUGUUCGUGUUUGGGUUCAUUUGAUUUUUGAACGCAUACAUUAAGUGUAAGGAAUUGUUUAAUUUGUGAUAUUCUAGACGUACUUAACUGUCAAUUAAAAUUAAGAAACACAUUAUAAUCAAUAUGUUAGAUUAAAGGAGGUUAGUUAAAACGUAGAAUUAAAGUGAUAGUGAUCUAAUCGCUGCAAGAUAUUUUUAGAUAUGUGUAAGGAAUGAAUGAACUCUAUGUCAUUUAUAUGUUAUUUAUAUAAAAACUAUGUAAAUAUUAAAGAUAUCGCAAUGAAAAUGAAAAUGGAA